CUAAUUAAUGAAAGCAUGAUUAUCCCCUGCGUGUCCUUUUUUUUAAACCCCUCUGACAAUGACACAUUGUGCUGUAAUUAUCUCCAGUGAAUCACAGAAACAGUUCUCAGAGGAAAGUUUUUUAUCCUUUAUAUCAUCGUGGUAUUUUGUCCUGAACAGUUGCCCAUAGUGCAGCUGUGCGCGCAGGUUUCCUCAUAAGGUUUUUACAUGAAUUCAAAAUCAGCCAACCAGUGAUCGCUGGAAGCUGGGGAUUGAGUCUUUCAGUUUUUAACCCCCACACGCUGACAUGGAGGGCUUUCUUCGUAGCAGCUUUUUACUGAGCAGAGUCAUGUCUUCCAAACAAGCCACGUCUCCUUUCGCCUCUGUGGUCGACGGGGACGAUGCCAUGAGUCAGGAGCACUUGUCCUGGGAGAAAGAGGAGAGCGCGGAGGCCCACGGCACACCGCAGCUGCCCCUGCACAGUCUGCUCCACGGAAAAGCCCACCCCGAUGAAAUGCAGCCGCUAAGCAGUGUGCCGCCGGAGAGCGACUGGGACAGCUUGGUGGCAGCCCAGCAGCGCAUGGAGUCUGACAGCAAUAAAGUAUGUUCCCUGUACUCCUUCCGGAACAAUUCCACUUCUCCACACAAGCCGGAGGAGGGGGCCCGGGAGCGGAGUGACCUGCUGAGCGGAUCAGCGUUUGGAACUCCGGAGCGCCGCAAAGGAAGCCUGGCAGACGUAGUGGACACGCUGAAGCAGAAGAAGCUGGAGGAGAUGACAAAGACAGAGCAAGACGAUCCCUCAUGCAUGGAAGCUCUUCUGUCAAAGGAAUGGAAAGAGAAGAUGGAGAGGCUCAACACCAGUGAACUACUUGCAGAAGUGAAAGGUACUCCAGAGAGCCUGGCAGAAAAGGAGCACCAGCUCUCCACAAUGAUCUCCCAGCUGAUCAGCCUGCGAGAACAGCUCCUCGCUGCCCACGACGAACAGAAGAAGCUGGCUGCAUCACAGAUGGAGAAACAGAGGCAGCAAAUGGAGUUAGCUCGUCAGCAGCAGGAGCAGAUUGCAAGACAACAGCAGCAGCUCCUGCAGCAGCAGCACAAAAUCAACCUCCUCCAGCAGCAGAUCCAGCAGGUCCAGGGUCACAUGCCUCCGCUCAUGAUCCCCAUUUUUCCACACGACCAACGCACUCUGGCAGCAGCCGCCGCCCAGCAAGGCUUUCUCUUCCCCCCGGGAAUGUCUUAUAAGCCAGGUGAUAACUACCCAGUGCAGUUCAUUCCAUCCACAAUGGCAGCUGCAGCAGCGUCAGGACUCAGCCCCCUCCAGCUUCAGCAACUGUAUGCCGCCCAGCUUGCCAGCAUGCAGGUCUCUCCUGGAGCCAAGAUGCCCCCGCUCCCCCAGGCCCUCAAUGCAAGUGGACCCAUUUCUCCCUCCUCUCUGAAGAAUGACAAGAGUUCCUGCAGCCCCAUCACUCAUGUCAAGGAGGAGGGAACACAGCCGCUCAACCUAUCUGCUCGGCCAAAGACGACAGACCUGGUCAAAUCCCCCACUUCCCCGACACAGAACCUGUUCCUCGGCUCUAAGAGCAGCCAUAACAGUCUGCUCGGCAAAGGACUCCCCAGCCCGCUCGGAGGCCUAGGCCGAGCCUCAUCUCAUGAUAUCCUGUCCAGCCUUAACUCUACUGCGCUGUUCGGAGACCAGGACACAGUGUUGAAGGCGAUCGCGGAGGCCCGGAAAAUGAGGGAGCAGAUCCAGAGGGAACAGCUGCAACAUCACCAGCAGGGCAUGGAGGCCAAGCUGUCCGCCCUCAGCUCAGUGGGCCUCAACAACUGCAGAGUUGACAAGGAGAGGGCGCAUUUCGAAGGCAUCGGGCACCACCUCAGCAAGCUGAGCGAGGAAGGAAAGAUUGGUCACAGAGUUAUUGACCUCACCAGGCCAGAGGAUCUAGACGGAGGUGCUGGAUCCACCGAGGCGAGAGUCUUUAGGGAAGCCCGAGGAAGGAACAACAACGAGCCGCACAUUAAAAGGCCCAUGAACGCGUUCAUGGUGUGGGCCAAAGAUGAGCGCCGCAAGAUCCUCCAGGCCUUCCCGGACAUGCACAAUUCCAACAUAAGCAAGAUUUUGGGCUCUCGGUGGAAGUCCAUGUCUAACCAGGACAAGCAGCCAUAUUACGAGGAGCAAGCCCGUCUGAGCAAGCUCCACCUAGAGAAGUACCCAAACUACAAGUACAAGCCUCGGCCUAAAAGGACCUGCAUCAUUGACGGAAAAAAACUUCGUAUCGGAGAGUACAAGCAGAUGAUGCGCUCACGGCGACAAGAGAUGAGGCAGUUCUUCACUGUUGGACAACCACCACAGCUUCCCAUCACCACCAGCGCCAAUAUGGUCUAUCCAGGCGCCAUCACAAUGGCAACCACCACACCGUCACCUCAGAUGACAUCAGAGUGCUCGAGCGCAUCAGCAAGUCCUGAGCCGUCCAUUCCCGUCAUCCAGAGCACUUACAACAUGAAGCUAGAGCCCAACACCAUGGUCGUCAACAACAACAACAACGCGCCGGUCAAUGGUGAGGACGAGAUGGACAUGUAUGAAGAUUUUGAGGACGAGCCCAAAUCAGACUAUAGUAGUGAAAAUGACACGCAAGAGCCGGUCAGCGCCAACUGAGACCUCUUUAAACAGGAGCGGUCAUCACAGACAGAGAGACUCAUACAGGAGGACGCCCUGAGGGCUGGUCUGAACUGAGGGAGCGAAAGAGCAAAAGAAAACAAAAACGACACCACAAAGGUUUAGAGAUGUUUUUAAAAUAACAAUGUUGUAUCAUUUAGGAGCCAGCAUGCAGAUGUGGCUUCAUCAGAAUCAAAGCUAUUUGGUCUUAAGUGUUUCUUUACGUGUGUGAAGCAGUUUGGUUGUGGUUUUAGAGAUUUUGUUUAUGUCAUUGUUUUAUUUUUUCAUCGUGAUCAUGGACAUUUUCAUAAUUAGGUCAUUGCCUAGAACGAAAGACAGAACUUGAAAUCGUACGUUUGAUAUGAAACAGUAAUUCUUACAGUUGUUGAUCUUGUUUGCCUCUUCAAUUAGGUGAUUUUGAUAUUUUGCAAAACUGUUAAAGAUGGGAAUAAUAUUCUCACUCAGGUAAAGUGCGCCAGCCAACAGCUCGUGAAUGUUUUUAAUCAAGAAUUAAUUUUUACCAGUACAAAAUAUCUCUAAAUUCAUAAGGAGUGAUUACAACUUAUUACAGAGGGAAAUGACAUCCCAUUAUUAUUAUUAUUAUUAUUAUUAUUAUUAUUAUUAUUAUUAUUUUAUUAUUAUUAUUAUUAUUAUUAUUUUAGUUUUUGUUAGUACACAAACUGCGAGUGCAGAAGUGCCAAACAUUUCAAGUAGUUUCUAAAAUCUGUAGAGUCUUCUGGGAGGGGCUUCGGGAGUCUUGGACAAUCUCUUGAUCUCUUAAUACAUCUUCAUUAUCCAGUCUUUCUUUAAUUCAUCCUGACAGAAUAAACAAAUGACACUCAGGAACUUGGAGGCAGCAGGCUCUGCAGGAGGUUACAGUAUGGGACGUCUUUGGCUGUUAGCUUGAGAUGCUAGCUGUCCUCCAGGGAGCCCAAUGCAGUGAUCAUCAAUGAACCCAGCCAGCCCCUUUCAUUUCCUCAUCCCAGUCCCACACAGAGCACUGUGGCUUCCUUAACUCUUUUCCAGCUCUGCAACCUAGUCUGACUCACCAAGUUCUUAAUCAGAGUGAUUGUAAUCAGGCCAGAAUGCUAAAGGGCCAAAGGCCUCCAAUCUGUGGGAUUGGAACAGCAGCGAAAGGCAGCUUUGGGGGCAUUACAAUCUCAAAUUGAUGUUGUACAAUGUGCAGCUACAGUACUUUCUGUUAAACGCUUUAGCCCCACUUGGAUGGCAAGUUUAAAGUCUUAGGUCUUAGAACUUCAUUUUUUUUCAAUCUUAAUUCUUUUGAGACAUUGUAAAUCUUAAAUUGACACUAAGAAGUCUUAAAGCAGAGCACGGACAUUGGGUUGAUGCAAUGACUUGAUUACUGCAGUAGUCUUAAGAGGAGUGACAGUUUAUGAGGAUAUUUAUGGAGACAGGUCUAUAUAUUAUGUUUUUUCCUUAAAUUACCUUGUCAAAUACACAGCUGGGUAACUUAAACACUGUUUUUUUUGCAUUAGUGCACUUAUACAAAUCUUAUUCUGUCACCCUUUAGCCUUAUGUUGUUUUCUCUAAUAAUCUUAUCAGCUUUUGGGAAGCACUUAGCUCUAGCAUUUAAAACAGGAAACAUGCAAUGACUCAGAAACAAGGGGCGCAAAGUCUUUAUCCUAAUUUCAGCUGAAAAGCUGACAAGCAGUGACCUUCUGGAGGCUGCAGCUAGAUAAAGCAGGGCCUUGAUGUUGCCUCUCAGAUCCUCUUUACAGGGCAGAAGGUCUAAGUGGCUCCCCUCCCUGCCAUGCCCUGCUCUGACCCCUGCCCGUGGCAACCUCAGCACCCAGGGGGCGCCAUCUGGCCCAGGGAAGGAGAAAAACACCAGGGAGGGAAGGGGAAACAAUAAAAUCAGGGUGUGUGUCCCUCAUUGUGCUCUCCAUCAAAGUGCUGGUGGUAAGGCCUCAACAGGGCUCCCACCCCGGCCCCAUCACCAGGCAGUGGCGAGCAGAUGGAACAAGUACAUCAAGCUGUGGGGGAUUAUUAAAAUGACUGACGACUGGGUAUCAUCUGAAAUACAGCAUUAUUAAUGCAUGAGUCCAGCUAUUCCCCUCCCUUGCCCUUGAACCUGUCCACUGCGGAAAGAGCACAGUGUUUUGAAGGAUCUGAAUGUUUGGUAACUGGUUUUAACUGGACAAGAUCCCCACUGCUGGUCACUGCAUUUUUCUCCUCCAACUGGUACUGACAGCUCUUUUUGUCACUUAAGCACUCAUAUCUUCUUUACUCUCAUUGUCUUACUGCUUUGUUUCAACUUUUUGGACACAUUUCUAUUAAGUCUUGAAAGUUUUUAAACCACACCAUGAAUAUUUCUAUCCUAUCCCCCUAUCACACCCGUUCUACAUUGUUCUCCUUAUGAGGUACUACAAAUCUUAAGGAUGCUCUCCUAAAAUUAAACUUCAGUGGAUUUCCCUCUAAGUCGACCUGUUUGGUAUUUUUAAGCUGUUUGCUCCUGUUUGCUGGUGGUCAGGAUUGAUUUGUAUGUGAUUGUAAAUAUUUUCUUGACCACGCCACAUUGCUUCGGUUGGCUGGUACUUAAAAAGGACUCUUCACGGAACUGAAACUUGACUGUGCUUAUAUAUCGAAAAAAAGAAAAAAAAGAAACAAAAAAAAGACAAGAACUCACAAGGAGACGAUGUUUCAUAAGUGUUAUAAGCACUGGAUAUAAAUUGUAUUUUUUAUCAAUUCUGAUAAAUGUGAAGCUGUUUGCGGAAAAACACCAUGAAUGAACAAAAUCCCCCCCUCCCCCCCAGUUGGACUCAAGUGGGUUUGCUUUCAACGUUGCCAGAUUUGAGUCUUUUUUAUUUUGUCUACUUAUUUUGUUUAUUUAUGCAGAGACACAUGUGAUGAAUGAACACUUUGUUUAAGCUGCAGGGCUGCCUAGGGGAGAGACUCAGCACAAGAAAGUGAGCAAAAAUUUCAACAGCAGGCUCAGUUAGCCGUCAAACACCAGAUUUCAGAUUUUAGCGCAUUGUAUAUUGUAUUUGAAACUGUAGAGAACCAACAUAUUGUAUUUAUUUUCAGCCACUGCUGGCUCUAAAACAUGUCAGUAAAAAAAAACAACAACUUGGACAAUCAGUGGAAUUUUAAAAAAAGGCGAUUAAUUGGAGCUAAAAUGGUUUUCAGUGAAUUCACCAUCUCAUUUAGAUUUUAUUGUAAAUAUAACAUAGGAAAUAUAUUUUUGUUCAUUAGUGAAGUAUAAGUUAUGUAUGUAGCUGUUCUAUUUCAUUUUGUUUUAUUUUUGUACUUGGUUUCAUGUUUUCAAAGCUGACAAGUCACUGUACCUCAUGAUGCUGAUGUUUUCUGCUUUCCAGAGGAGAGGGGUACUGGACCUGAGAGAGAGAGAGAAACCUCAAUCCUUUAUAGUUUGAUAAUCUCCCCUCGGCUGUUUAAAAAAAAAAAAAAAUCAAUCAAUAUUAAAUACAUACCCUUUAGAUAUAUUAACACAGAGGAGUCAUACAAGUAAGGUACUCAUUUUAACAAGCACUUGAUGUAAAAGAUUCAAUUAUCUGUUUUCAAUCCCAAUACAAUCUAAGUAGAAUGCUGUAUAUCCUCACUUGUGUUUUCUGUUUAUUACAGCACUCGGCAAAUGUCUUAUGAGGAGCUGAUUACAUCCUAUUAAAAUGAUUGCAUGCAUUUGGCUUGCAUUUUCAUGAUCUUAAUAGAAAAGGAGGGGAACGAUUGUUUCAAUCACACGUGAUGUUUUUAUUUUAUUUUGAAAGGUGGGAGUGUGCAAAUAUUUAUUUUAUGUUGUGGCAAAAUGCUCAGACAUUGUGCAUCUUCUUAAAUAAUUCAUAGUCAUCUUUUUGUAUGUUGCUGAUUUUGUAUGUACAUGUUCAUGACUAUCAAGCCAUCUGCAAAUGUAGCCCUCACAAUGUUUUUCUUAAUCCACUUGUUAGACAUGCAAAUGGUUUGACAACUGAAGACAAAAGCUUGUAUGCUGUUUCAACAUUACUUACUGUAAUUUCAUUUUUAUUUUCUGUCUGGAGUUUGUGAUGUAUAUGGUGGGAAUGUUCUCUGUGUUAAUUUAAUCAGCACAAUUCACUGACAUGCUGGACUGACAUGCUAGCUGCUGUUCAGAAGUGUAAAGUUUGUUGUUCAGGGCAACAUUUAUGGUUGUCUAUGGUACUUUUUUUGCUUUUUAGACUUGUCUCUCAAGCAACACUGUGUGUGGCUCUUCUAUCACUGGAGCCAUCGUUUUGAUAUCGCUGGCAGCCUGAUACAAUUUCUGCAUAGAUUUUUUUUUCCCUGGCAGGUACCUAGGCCCACGGCAAGUAUUGUUUGGGUGUUAUUAGAGAAAAUGAAAUUCAUAGUGUCUGUUGCUGCUUUAAAAAAAAAAGUUUAUGUCUGAAUAUGUAAAUAGUUUAUCAUAAUAUCUUGUACAGUCCAAUGUAAAGUUUUUAAUUCAACUUUAAAAAAAAAAUGUUGCCAUCACAUUUGUGUUCACUUUCUUCUUUAUACAGUACAAAAGAUCAAUUAUUUGCUAGGGGUAUUAUUGCUAAAAAGAAAAAAUGAAAAUGUUACUAAAUUUUUUUAUGUUUUUUUUGUUUGUUUUUUGCUUGGCUUCAAAGUGUACACCAGCAAGUCUUUGGUUUCCAUGUGCAGUAUUGACGUGAGGUAAACUUAAGGUGAAUAAUUUUACAGUGGUGUGUGUGGAGAGCGAUCUCCUCGGCUUUGGUAGUAUUAAUACACUAUAUCAAGUAAAAACAAACCAAUGAGUGACACACUCAGGUGCGACUAGGCACUCUGGAAGUGUGUCUUCUGUAUAUGAAUAAAUUAUCCCCACAAGAUCAAUUCAGGCAUAUUACAAUGUAACACCAUUUUCUGUAUGUCUCAGUCCAUUGUAACAAUGCAACAGUGGGAUGAAUAACUGCCUGUUUAAGCUCAUUUACCUCAAGAAUUUUCUCCUUUUCUGUAAAAGAGAGAAAUUGUGUUACAGAAAACUUCUCCCAUCACUCCAUCUUUUGUACUGCUGUUGACACUUACGAAUUAAAGAGACAUUUUGUUUUAACA